AGAGUAAACCAUAACUAAAAUGGCAAUUGUCUUAAAGUUUCACAUACUUGUCCUGGCUUUUUGUGCAAGCCUUCUCAGUCCAACCAUCUCUUAUGGCCAUCCUGGUCUUCCUAAAGAGCAUGCAGCUUUGUUCAUCUUUGGUGAUUCACUUUUCGAUGUUGGAAAUAAUGACUACAUAAAUACUUCCACUAACUUUCAAGCAAAUUUCUCGCCAUAUGGGGAAACCUUCUUCGGGUACUCCACUGGUAGAUUUUCAAAUGGACGUCUAAUCCCGGAUAUCAUUGCCGUAUAUGCAGGAUUGCCACUCAUUCCACCGUAUUUACAGCCUGGUUUGGACAACUAUACUUAUGGGGUCAACUUUGCAUCAGCUGGGGCUGGCGCUCUGGCUGAAACUCAUCAAGGAUUUGUGAUAGACCUGAAAACUCAACUCAGUUAUUUCAAUAAGGUGGUGAAGCAGUUGAGGCACAAGCUAGGUCAUGCGGAAGCCUACACAUUUCUGUCUGAAGCUGUUUACUUAUUUAGCAUCGGAGGCAAUGAUUACCUUUACCCAUUCGAAACAAAUUCUAGCAUCUUUGAGUCUCACUCACCUGAACAAUAUGUUGGAAUGGUCAUUGGCAACCUGACCAAAGUGAUCAAAAAAAUCUACAAGCAUGGAGGAAGAAAAUUUGGGAUUACAGGUGUUGCACCUCUUGGUUGUGUACCAUCUGUGAGGGCAACUACAUCGGGAAACACAGGCGCCUGCGUGGAAGAAAUGAAUGCGCUAGCGGUACUACACAACACAGAACUUUCUGAAGCGCUUUUAAAGAAGAAAGGAAAGCUCCAAGGAUUCAAAUAUUCAAAUCCAGAUUUCUAUACUUACCUAAAUGGAGUAUUUAACAAUCCUGCAGAUUAUGGUUUCAAGGAGGGCAAGACAGCAUGUUGUGGCUCUGGUCCAUACAGAGGAAUUUCGAGCUGUGGAGGAAAGAGAGGUGUGACAGAUUACGAAUUAUGUGACAAUGUUACUGACUAUGUCUUUUUUGACUCUGUGCAUCCAACUGAAAGGGUUUAUGAGAAAGCCUCCGAGUUAUGGUGGAGCCAAACUCCCAAUGUCACAGGGUCCUCUAAUAAUCUGUAACAGCUUUUCGAAGUUUAGCUGAAUAUGGAUUCGUUAGAUUCAAUAAGCAAUAUCAGCAUUUUGCUGAUGCACUAUCAUUUACAAAUAAACUGGAAUGUUUGAUAGAUC